UAAAAAGUUAAUUGCGCCUCCGCAUACAAUAUUCAGCCGGAAAAUGCGAUUAUGUCACCGAGCGAACAAAUUUAAACACUGAAGGGUACACGAGGAAGUCACGAAUGCACGAAGAUAUAAAACGGUGUGCAUUGACAUGAGUAAUGACAUAAGAGGCGUCGGGUAAACUAUUAUCGAAUGAUGAUAAUGAUCCAAGAAAAUUUAACGGAUUUGCGAAGCGUGAACGCUUUCGUUUUCGUAGGACAAUCGGCGAGUCACGUUACCGAUAGUCACGGGCGCUACCCGCUACCGCCAGCUCGUCCUACGCUCUCCCCGGCAUCAGUCGCUGCUCGGACAUUAACCGCUCAAUACGCUCUCGAACAUGUGGAUUGCGCGUCUAAUGUAAAUUAUCAAUAUGUACAUCAAACUCAUUCUCGUAUCUAUAGCGAUUGUCAUCCUAAACGAUGUCGAUUGUAAGAGAACUAAAAGUAAAAAGUUAAGUGAAACGGAGGAAUCCACCCCACAACCCAGUGUGCUUACAUACUCCAAUUUCGGUUUCAACGACGUCGGAUCGUACGACGGUUUCGUCCCGAGUUCCCCAGAUUAUACAAGUUUCGUCCAUGGCACUAAACAAGAAUCUUCGACGAGGCUGUACGCGCCGGCGUUCCCGUCUACCCUCGAUUCUACCGGCUUCGAUGCUAAUUAUGGUUCUGCAGCAGACGGACAGUCUCCACAAAACCCUGGAGAAGAGUUACAAGCAAGUAUGUCUAAAUAUGAACCGGUCUCUUUAAAUUUCUUCACGUCUCCAAGUUUUGAUGGCAAUAAUCCAUACAAUUAUAAAGCAAACCCAGAGACAACAUAUGACCAGAAUGAAGGUGAGAAAAAUUCACCAAUUUAUGGAGCAAAACUAAGCACAAAAUUUAGAAGUAAACCUUUCAGUGAAUUUAAAUCUGAAACUAAUAAAUCUACAGAUGGUAAUCCUCUAAAUAUUAAUACAGAUGCAUAUAGAAUGCAAGAAUCGUAUGUUUCAUCAGAUAAUAAACAAUUUUAUGGUGAUCUAAUAAAUAACAAUAACUAUCCAUCUUUUUAUAAAUUCACAACGACCACCAUAUUACCUCCUGAGUAUGAUCAUAUGUUACAAUCGCCAGUGACUGCUAGUGGAAUUAAGUUCCCAAAAGUCAUUGACUUUACGAACUUAAAUCCUUACAACCAAAAUGGUUUUAAUGCCAAUGGAUAUCCAGGUACAGAUUUUUAUUCUGGUUUAAGCAAUACUUAUGAAAAUAUAAAUAAUAACGGGAAUAUGAAUCAAAUUCCAAAUGAUGUAAACAAAAAUACCAAAACAUCACCUGCAUCUUCGAAAUACAAAACGUAUUUUAAAGAUGAUCAAAUGCAGUCUGAGAAAGAAGCAAUGAAGUUUAACUAUGCUGCGAAUCAAGAAUUUUCCCAAAAUUAUUUUAACAAUAAAAAUAAACUCAAAGGAAAGUUUACUUUAAAUAAUGAUAAAAUAAAUAAAAAGCCUUGGGAUUAUAAUAGCAAAGCUGAGGAAGUAAAGAAAUCUAAAAACCCUCUACGCUACGAAUAUUCAACGAAUCACAGCCACACAAAUUUUCAAUAUGAUUAUCCAUCCAAACGGCCUUUCAACAGCAGUAUUGAUGAAAUUGCACCCGCUAGUAGCAAUUUAGAUUUCUACAAUUACCAACAUCCUGACAUUGAUUUUGGAAACUCACCACUUUUUCCAACCUUUAAAAAUCCUCUCGGUGACUUUGAUACAAACGAUUUUUCCACAAACUACGUCGAAAAGGUUAAAACGUUCGAUGAUUAUCAAAACAGUUUUAAAAAUGUUUAUACAACCGUUCCAACAGUUUCGUCACAUUGGGGUAAUUUUUUAAAACCGACAGAAUUUAGUACAUACAAGAAUCACAUACGUAAACCCCAGCAUCAUGAGGAGAAUGAUGAAGUCGUACAUAUACCAAAGAAGCCGCCGACCGAUAAAAUAUAUGGGACACAGUAUGAAAGUAACUCAUAUAAUUCUGAUUGGGAGCAAAGUUACAAACCGCAACCGAAUAAUUAUAAACUACAGUUCGAUUGGCAUAAGGAUAACAACAGGUAUAAGUCGGAAGAAGAUUUAUUAGGCUUACGAAAUCAUGAUCUACGACAUUCCUCACACCCACCUCUUAGACCUAGCUACGACGAAUCAGCUGAAGUCGGUCAAUACAAGAAGCUCGUUGAUAAGUGGAAACAAAGUUAUUUGAAAUCGAAACAGAAAGAUACUUUCCGAGAAUAUGAAACAUAUGCAUCAGAGACGAAACCGAUUCACGUGCCAGUUCCGAAGCCGUAUCCCAUAGAGAUUCCUCAUCCAGUGAUAGUGCCGGUCCCUCAGCCUUAUCCGAUACACGUGCCGGUCCCGAAACCGGUCGCAGUGCCAGUUAUCCGGGAAUUAACCGUGCCGAUUGAGAAACCAGUGCCUUAUCCGGUCUACAAAAAGGUUCCAUAUCCAAUAGAGAAGCCCGUGCCGGUACCUGUUGAAAAACAGGUUCAUGUACCCAUUAUGAAACCUUACCCAGUCACUGUGCCACAAGUUAGGCCUCUAUUUCAUCACAGCCGACCCCACGAUGAACGAGAAUCUGACUUUGAUGAAGACGACGAAUACCAACCAAGACCGGAGAGUAGUAAACGAGUUCCCAACGUUAAAAGGCCUAAAAACACAAGGCAUCAACCCAGAAGACCAAAUCGUAUGACACAUCAAGAGCGUGAGAAAAAACGCAGCCCCGCAAGACGACCGCCUCCAAGAGAACAAAAACGCAACCGACAUCCAUACCCUGAGCAUCGACGACCACCUUACAGACACCACGAGGAUUACGAUGAAUACGAACCGAGCGAAUACGUACAUUGCAAACGUACAGGCAGAUGUUAAAAAUGUAUUGUGAAAGGUGCUUUAGGUUCGCACUGGCGAAACAUUAGUUUAAAACGUGUUAGUUACUCCCGUUCCACAUCAUUUGAAAUAUUAUGUUGGAGAAACAGGCUGGCAAAGAAAAUUACGGGGGGUUAUAGAAAGAUUUAUGUUCAGAAAAGCAAUAUUUUGCGUUUAGAAAAUUUCGUGCUUUCAGUGCGAAUCUAGAGCAAGCUGAAACAAUGGCAUUUCUUUAGGAUUAUAAAACUUAGUAUGUAUGUAGCUCGACUUGCAGGUACACUUCGUAGACUCUUUUUAAGCUGUUUGUAAAGACUGUUGUAAUUUUAUGCUUCAACUUGUUCAUAAUGGGUAUGUGCCAAAGGUUAAAUAUGUCAUUUAAAAGUUUGAGACUUUUUAUGUUUUCAGACAUUUACGCAUUGUCGUACCUAUUUAUAAUUUGAAUUAAUCUAGAUUAGAUUUUUGUUGUUAUAAGUUAAAUAUAAAUUUAAAAUUCA